AUGUUUGGUGGUGGCAUUCCGAAGAAGGAUGGAAAAAUUGGUUAUGCUGAAGACUCUUUCGCCAGGCAAGGCAAGCACUUUUUAUUGUAUCAGAACAACUGUAGGUUGAAACAUAUGCUUAUGUGCUCAGUCGUGUUAUAUACCUUGAGGACGACAUUUCGAGCAGAACACUCGCAUACUUUAAGACAUCUUGUUGAAUUUAGGACGGUAGAACCUGAGAUAGCAUUUGCUGAUAUACAAGAUGAUAUGAACUAUGCGGAAGCAUAUGUGAGGUUUCUUUCUCAGUGGUUGCUUGACCAUUGCUAUGAUGAUAUGGAGUUCAUGGCCAAAUUUAUUGAUAAAACUGCCCUCCAACAACUUGAAAUGGUUUCAAAAUCCACGUUGCACAGACUCACUUACACCCUGGCAGUUGCCAUUCUUGAGGAAGCAAAGAAAGUGACGAAGUUUCAAAAUAAAGUAGAAUGGCGCCUUGCAACAACUCAUGAAGGUGGUUCUGGACAGGUUGUGGUCACUAAUGCUUUGAAUAUCAAGUUCCAAAACAAGGCUCAAUCAUCACAUAAUGACUCAAGCAUAGCAAAAGAUGUUGCUGUCAAUACCUUCGAGAAAUUUGUAUAUGGUUCACCAAUUCUAGAUUCAGGAUGCUAG